CGAACUCUUUUUUAAUUAUAUUACAGCGUUCACAGGUCUCAUAAGAACUUUAUUUUCAUUCAUUUAACGUUAUGUUCAUGAUUACUGACUUUUGGCUCCAUUCUAAUUGCAACAAUAUUACUCUUGUAAACAAAUGAUCUUGUAGCAGUUCAAUGAAGUUCAAUGAAGCGUACGCCAUUUUGUUUAUAUAAAUUUGCCACAAUUUUCCGUAAUAUUAUUUUUUCUCGUAAUAUGACGAUUUCCCCAAAUUAUUUCUCAUAUUUGUUUUACUUUCUUACAUUCUCUCACUAUUUUCGUCUAAUAUCUUCCCCUUCAGUGGAUGUGGCCCUGUGUGGAGUAGUUCAGUGCCGAGGCAGGGCUGCUGGGAACUUUGCAGCACUGAGGGAGUCGCUGUGUGAUUUGGUGAGAGAGGGGGGAGAGAACGGGAGGGAGAGGAGAAGGAGAGAAAGGGAGAGAGAGGGAGGUAUAACGUUACCAAACGACGGGGAUUCAUAAAAGAAAAAGAAAAAGGAAGAACAGCGAGCGAACCGAAACACCACCUGGAGACAGACAGACAGUCAGGUACACAGUCACUGAUUAUCGUUGUUAGCCUCAUCCAUCGUCUCCGUGGAGACACAUGUGAGGACAUUCACCAGCCUCGGGGACAGAGGGCGCGCACACCCGCGUCCCUCCUGAGGACUGGAGCCGUUGAAGCUCAGGGCAACAACAAUGGGCUGCGUUCUUUCGUCCACAGGGAGCGCACUUCUGGAGCCGCGCUCCGCCGUUCUCACACAUGAACACACCGCGGCUUUCUGUGAACCAGUCGACGGUCGCCGGUUUACUUGUUGAGCCGCCUUCGUGCCUGUUUGGAGCCCGUGUCUUGUCGGUUUUUAGCGGGAGUCCACGAUGCCAGUUAGAAACAGGUACAACCUGGUGGACGAUGUGGCGGACUCCAGGCUGCCGCUGCACAACGAGGAGGCUUAUCAACACGGGAUUUGCUUUCAAGCCAAGUACGUGGGGAGUCUGGAUGUGCCGAGGCCCAACAGCCGGAUGGAGAUUGUGGCGUCCAUGAGGAGAAUAAGGUAUGAAUUCAAGGCGAAGAACAUUAAAAAGAAGAAGGUCAGCAUCGUGGUGUCUGUGGAUGGAGUUAAGGUGAUGCUGAGGAAGAAACAGAAGAGGAAAGAAUGGACCUGGGAUGAGAGUAAGAUGCUGAUCAUGCAAGAUCCUAUAUACAGAAUUUUCUACGUGUCCCAUGACUCCCAGGACCUGAAGAUCUUCAGCUACAUCGCCAGAGACGGCUCCAGUAACUCCUUCAGAUGUAACGUGUUUAAAUCAAAGAAGAAGAUGCAGGCCAUGCGUAUAGUGCGGACAGUGGGCCAGGCCUUCGAGGUGUGCCACAAAAUCAGCCUGCAGUACGUAGAGCAGGAGGCAGAGGCUCAGGCCGACGGAGGCAGCGACGACACCACCGAUGAGCCCAGCAGUAAUGGUGGUCAACUGUCAGGACCAGAAUGUGGAGAAAAAGAAGAGACAGACAAACACAGAGAACAAGGUUCUCCAGCUGCAACUUCACUGUGUGAAAAGGCAGUGGCCGACAUCCUGCAGGGUCUGGCCGAACUGAACGUGGUCAAACCUGGACAGACCAUCACAGACUUGGAGCAGAGGUCGGUCUUCACCCCGACGUCCCAGGGCAGCUCUCCAUCUCUGACCCCACUGGCCUCUCAGCACUACGUACAGCUUCUUCAGCAGCAGCUGCAGCAGCAGCAGCAGCACACACAGGUGGCAGUGGCUCAGGUGCAGCUGCUGAAGGAUCAGAUGGCAGCAGAGUCCGCUGCCCGGAUGGAAGCCGAAGCCCGGGUCCACCAGCUGCUGCUGCAGAACAGGGACCUGCUGCAGCACCUUGCCCUGCUGGUGCAGCAGCUCAAGGAGCUGGAGGCUCAUUUCCAGAAAUCCUCAUCACCAGAGUGGCCUCAGCAGGAGCCUGAAGCGAAUGGGAACGAUUGCCCUCCUUCUUCUAACUCAACACUGGCGAAGUCUUUGUCUCUGAAUUUGAAGAACCACUACAGACAGACACUGGACCAGCUCAUCAUCUCAACACCCUCGUGGCCACGCCCAGCUGCCCCGCUCUCCUCCAAUCAGGUGGACUGUGCUGAGUCCUACCUGAACCUCCUCAACCUGGAGAACAGCAACAACGCAGCGUCGACACUGAAUGGAGAUCCGUUCAUCCGAGCGAAUGGGAUGGCGGACGGAGGAGGAAAGAGGAACUCCAGCGAUGAGAGCGUCUCCUUCAGAUCGAGGAGCUCCGUCAACAUGGACGACAGGUGUAAAACCACAAUCCCAAAAAUUGACCCCCCUCCUCCCUCCCUGAACCGUAAGCGUGCCAGCAGGACCCUGUCCCCGGGGUGUGAAGUCACUGCCACUAAUGAAGCGGCCCCCAGCCGCAGCAGCAGCCUCUCGUUCCCGGACGUCCCCCCCGGCUCACUGUCAUCCACUGAUUUCCACUCUCUCAGCAACGGCGAGAGCAGCUCCUGCUCCACAAGUGAUGACUCGGGGGUCCGCUCGGACACCAAGUCCCUGAUGUCGCCCAUGUACGACGAUGACGACCUCUUCGGGGACCGUGGGACAUUUCCAACCGCCUCCAGCACGUGUGAGAGCCCCCUAGAGGAGGAGAAUGAAGCAUUUCGUUCUUCGUUGGACUCCUAUCCUGCAGAAUCCAGCACCGUCGCCCCGCCCUUCUCCUCUGCCGGGAACGACACCUGCCUACACAUCAGUUUUUCUGAAGAUGAGCUGCUGGAGAGCGCCCAGGACGACCCGCACGUCCCCCAGCGGAGUUAGGACGACAGCCUGACAUUUCCCUGAAACGUUUCACUCUGUUCCCUAACCUGAGCUUUUUAAUACAGGACGUACUGCCAGUCCCCUGUCCGCUGGGCUCCACUGCAAGACUUCAAGAUUCCUCUGUCCACUUGUGACACAGUGCAGACGCAGCAUUAAUGAAUAUUAAAAUAAAUGUAUAAAUUAAUUCAGCCCGUGGGGCAGACGUUGUAUUUUUAUACUGAACUGAUAAAAAAAAUUCUAAUGUAGUGACUAGAAUGUUCAAAUGUAGCAAUUCUUGCACCGUUAGUCCCACAUGUACCAUAGAGUAACCCAGGAACGCGUUUUAUUUUUGUUAGCAGUCGUCAUUUAAUCGUUGUUUUUGUAAACAACAUUGCUCUGGUAGUGGCGCUUUGGCCCAGAGGCAAUGUCUCUGUCUUUGGUGUGGAACCCCAGGGUUCACCUC